AAACGCGGAUGGUGGAACAGUUAAGGUUUAGCAUUUCUGUCGACACAAACCAAGUUAGUUGUCCAUUAAAGAAACUAAUAAUAGUAAUAGCAUAUUUACAUUAACACUUAAUUUAAUGUUUGACAACUUAAUAUUUUUGUAUUUUUGCGGCUUAAUGGGGUAAAAAGUUAUUACUUUUACGCUAGCCAGCUGACGUUAGCUUAUAAUAAAAACGUAUUAGCCGGUUAACUUUAGCAACCAUGGACCUGGAUAUUCGUCAGUAUCUAACCAAGGCAAAGGAGCAAGAAGACUGUGGAGCUCUGCAGUCUGCCUACCGUCUAAUCAAGGACAUGACAACGGCUGGAACCAGCAGACGAGCUCCACGCAUCGCCCCAGAGCUGUACGUCGUCUGUGCGGAAGCAGCUUUACAGCUGGGUUGUUUGGAGAUAAGCAUAGCAUGCCUAAAGAUGUACUUUGAAGGGAAUCCACCGCCUAAUCAAUUUUUGUGUCGAGCCUACCUCUGCCAGGGCCAGCUGAAGUCUCCGCCGGCUGCUGGGAGUGUGGCAGACUUUGAAGAGGCUGUGGAGUGUUUUCUUAAAGCAAUUGAAAUUUCAAAGCAUGAACCGGGAUUCCACUUCAUGGUGUUCAAUGCCUCAGUGCUGUAUUUCCAGAUGGUGCGUCCUCUCCUGCAGCCAGGGCGGUGCCUCCACCUGGUUCCCUCCCUCAGGCAGGUGGUCCAAAGUCUGGAGGAGGUGGCAGACCAAGACCACAGCUGGAGGGCUGAACUCCUGAUGCAUCUGAUCAAUUGUCUUGUCGACUCUGGAAAAAUGGAGGAAGCUGCGAGUUUUGCCAAAGUUACAGAAGAGCUCAUCAAGUCACAUUGCCCACAUCUUUAUCCAAGACUCUUUACAUUACUGGUACAACACAGUCUGAUAGAGGAUGACGUUCUCAUUGAAAUGAGCAGGCAGGACACCACCUCAGCAGUCAUUUACAAAAUACAGAAAUUUAAAAACAGGUUGGAAGAAAUGAAUAAGGAUGAGCUGACGAAAGAGGAUUCUGCCAGGCUUGAGGAGAUUUUCCAUCUUCUGGUGGAUUGUACCAAAGCAUCCGUUGCGCCCGUGAACCUUAGCCCUCCACAGAGCCCAAUCCCUGUCCAACCACCUGACAGAGUUGACUUCCUCCUGGAGUUGGCUCUGCUGGCCUUGCAAGCGAAGCAUCAGAAAGUAGCUGCUGACUGUUUGAAGGAGCUGAAGUCGACGAGACAGGCUAGCAAUGGCCAACACAUAAUAAUGGAAUGUAUCAACUGUGAAAUCAACCUCAUGAAGAAAGAGGCGAAGAUGAAUGACUAUUCCAAAGCCGGCGUGGAGGCUCGGCUGAAGGAGAUAGGCAGGCUGGAUCAGUGGCUGCAGACUGCAGUGAGAGAGAGAGACCGUCAGGCUGUGCAGGCAGCGUGUGCUACACAGUGGAGAUUCUGCCUGCCGCUGCUGCAGCACAACCUCAGGAAACACAUCAAGACACCUCUGCUUAGAGUCGUCCAAGCUCUGGAGGACAUGCAGAGUAUGUUGCUGGAGAUGCGCUGUCAAGUCCACUCAGAGCUGGCAGUGAUUGAGGAGGAGGAGGGGCGCCUUGAGGCAUCUUUGGCUCACCUUCAGAAAGCCAUGCUGCUGGAUAAUGGGACGCAACGAGAACGCCUGUCGUCAGCUGUGCACCUCCUACAGCUCAGAGGGACCCUUUACCAAACACCCUCCCGGACCGAGGAUAAAGCCGCCAUGCUUAUGCAGCAGGCUAGGGACAUUCAGGCCCAAGAUAAGACAGACAUUCGCCCAAUCCUGGUCGCUGUGGGUCUCCUUUUGGCCCCUGAUGAUUUCCAGAUGGUGCUGGAUGGAGACAACACCUCCAAAAUUCCCGUAGGCAGUCUUGGAUCUGGACCAGUGGCUCAGCUCGCUGCUAAGGCUCAGCAUCACUCUGCAUCUUUACAGAAGGUGGAUGGACACCUGGCCAGACAAGGCGGUAAAACUGACAACACAGAGAGGAUGAAGUUGUGGGCAACACUGGUGAAGACAGCCAGGAAACAGGAAGUUUGGGAUGUGUGCCGAGCGGCUUGUCGAUUCUGUUUGCUUUAUGAUGAUGGGAGAUGGAAGAUUUCAACGGCUGACAAAUGCAGAUGCUCGGAGGAGGAGAGCUGUGCAGAAUGUCUUCACGACUGCAGUGAAAACCAAACCUGUGUGAGGGAUCUCCUGCGCCUUUUAGCUGAAAUCCGCUUCAUCGAUGCUGAGGCCACCGUCCAAAAGCUGCUGACAGAGGGAGUGCAGCUUAACAGCCCCGCUGUCCCCCCACAGGAGAGAGGGGUUAAUGUUUCUGAGGAGGACCCACACUGGGUUAUUUACAGAGACUGGAUCCAGGCUCUGUCUGCCUACGCCACCUCCAACUUCUUGCGGGCAGCGGAGCUCGGAUCAGAGAUCAGGGAGCCGUGGGUGGUUGCAAAUGCAGCCGUUUACCUGUGGAACUACAGCAGCCACUUACUGGCAGCUGGGGAGUACCUACGGCUACUCCCCCCCUUUGAGAGCCUGGUGGAGAUGCUACAAAAGAUAGAGUGCACCGGGAAUCGAGCCCUGGUCGUGCUGCUGUGUGAUGCCGUGGCCCGAGGGUUGAUCCAGCCUCUCUGUGGACUAGACAGUGUCGAGCCAACCCAGCCAGCAGAUAAGGGCAGAAACAGAGCUGAGAAGGGGAUGGAGAAGGCUUCCACUGUUAAUCUCUUAGACCCUUCUGCGCAGCAGGAUGUUCGCAAGGCAUUAGAGCUGUGUGAAUACGCCCUUCAGAUAUCCAACUGCAGCAUCCCAGGGGAGACCGUCCCCAUCGCAGCAAAGAAACAGGUGCUGGCCACAUGGGUGCAGAUCAAGAGGCUGUUACAGCAGCAGAUUGGAUCAAAGAUUGACAGUAAAGAUGAGUGUGAGAACGAGGAAGUGUCUGCGAUGACGCAUGUGCUGGUCGGAGUGGAGAUGCUCCAGUGCAAUAAGAACCCGAGGCACAUGGAGUUCAGUGUUCCCAGUCUCUCCACUCUGGUGAGCAUGGCGUCAGAAUGCAGCUGGACGGACGCCGUGGUGGAGUUACAGGUGUGGUGCCAGCUGGCUGCCUUCUGCCACAGUGCCAACGACCACAUCUUGGUUUUGUGCUGCACCAAGAGCGCUCUGCAGCUGGAGGAAGCAGCAGCAAAGAGCCUCAACACUGUGCCCUGUGUUUUGUACGACCUGACUGCAGUGAAUGAGAUGCUGAGCAGUGCAGCCUGUUUGAGGGGUUUGAGCUUAGUCCAUGAGUCCAAUGGAAAUCUACACACUUACAGAGAGGCUAUGACGAUGCUUCUGUCCAGUGUCAGCUAUGCAGAAAAGGCUCAGAAUCCAGUAUUGUGUGUCAGAGCUGCCAGACAUUACCUGGACACUUGUCUACCCCUGACAGAGACUCCAGAGGAAAGAAGGCAGCUCCAAGAUCCCCUGGAGAAGAUCCUGAAUGUUCUGGUUGACACCAUCUCCAGACAUUGCAAAUGUAUAGAUUUGUAUUCAAACAACUACAUCACCCAGGUACAUGAAGCCAGUAAUGUUGCAGCCUCUGGUACGACAAACUGUCCACCACUACCAACACUCCUCUAUCACUCCUCUGGCAACUUAAGUAUUAAUCUUUUUCCUCUUCCAUUUCAGAAACGGGGCAAAGUGAAAGGCCCGCUGACCUUGACAGCUCAGCCUCUUGGGAGUUCGAAACACGAAGCAACAGAUGAAGAGGCUCUAAGACUGAUAGCAACCAUUUACUGUUUGUUGCUCCACGUCCACGCUGAUAAAAGAGACUGGAAAAGCGCGCUGCAGCUGCUGGACAAAGCUACCAGAGACAUGCCUCACACCAGACACAGACUACCUCUGCUGAAACAUCGUUUGCUGGUGAAAGUACGACUCGGGGAAAACGUAUUGAUGGACAUGCAGAAGUUUCAAGACGAAGGAGAGCGGUGCUGUUCAUUUAUGUGGCAUCAGGUGGCACUAUGUGCUGAUAAUACAACCCAACAGCUGACCUGCUACCAGAAAUCCAUCACAUCUCUGUUGAGCACAGAGACUCAGUGGCAGAAGGUCAACCUUCUGCUGGAGUUUGCAGAGUGGCUCUACUGUCACAACUUCCCCAAAUCCAACGCCCAGAACCAGGUUCAGUGGGCCAUAGACAUCCUUCUACAUUUAGAACCUGAACAGACAGAGGCAGCAGAGGACGAGUCCAAACAGAGGGUUAUGAGUUCAGUGGAGUGUGAGUCCCCGGUCGGAGUCCAGAGCUCGUUAUUCAUGCAAAAUCUGUCCAGUCUUAAAGAAGUGCGACGCCUCGACUGUUUAGUGCGAGCUCACACUCUGCUCGCUGUCAUGGCGGACAGGACGUCACCUGAGCACCAGCUUAACCUGCUCAGAGCCUACACCUUUGUGCUUCAGAUAUGGCAGGUUUCCAUGGCAGUGGCUCAUGAGAUUUCCAGUGAGAUGGCAAAGAGUCAGCCCCUGCAGCCUCCUCCUUCUGCUGGAUCCAAAAAAGGCAAAGAGAAGGGCAAAGGCAAGAAAGUGAAAGAUACGACCCCUGCAGAAGAAAGACCUAAACCUGUUGUCCUGGAUCAGAUACUUCCCUCCUCCCCGAAGGACUGGGCUCGCUACAUUUGUCCUGAGCAGGCCAGGCAGAUAUUCAGAACCAACACCAACCCCCACUGUAUCAAUACACACAGCAUUACAAAGCAGACUCAAAGCAUAUUUUAUCUCAACCUGCUGGAAAAACAGCUUCACUCACUCUCCCUCGAUCACCUGACCCUGCCCAUAAUGCAUCUAGCUGAAACCAUCGCCCAUGACCUUUUGGACAGGAGGAGCCUCUCCGACCUCUACCGACUAAGGAUCCUGAGGACCUGUUGUCAGCUGGGCCUGGAGACACAUUCACCAUAUCAGGAGAAACUCCUGGAUUUGUGCAGAAUCCAAGAGCAAGAACAGAUGGAGUGCCACAAAGUGAUUACUUUUUCACAGAAAGCAGAGAUGGAUGAAAACGUCGGCUCUGGGCGACAGAGUAUGGAUGUGUGUGCUCAGGACAUUUGGCUGGACAAAGCUGAGGUUUGCCUCAGCAUGAGGCUCUAUCAGCCAACCCGGCAGCUCCUGGCAGAGGCUCACUUAGUGGCUAAAGAACUCGGGGAUCAGAAAGCAAGGGCAAGAAGUUUGCUUGGUCUGGCCACUCUGGCUUGUGAAGAGCAGAACCAUGCCCAAGCUCUGAUCCUGUUGGACAAAGCCCAAGCCCUGGGUGGGAAUGAAGAGUUCUGGUACCAGCUCACCCUGACCAAGGUUAGAGCUGUGGUCAGCCAGAGACAAGGAGACACACAAACUGAGACUGAUCAGAUUAUAAAGCAAAGCUGUGGGGCUCUGAAGCUGCUUCUGGAGCAGCAUGUAAACAGAGUCCCAGAGCUCAGAUUCCUGAUCACAUCAUUAGAGAUGAGAGGUGCUGUGGAAUGUAUACGUGCCAUUGGUGGUGGUGAACCUGGAGAGAGCCUCUGCACCACGGCUGUCCAGAGGCUAAUGUCUGCCUGUGAUACACUCAGAGAGUGUGCCAGUGGUUUCACUAAACUCAGCUACAGAGAACAGGCAGCAGAGGCACAUGCAGAGUGUGCACAUGGUGUGAGAUUAUUAGCCAACCAUACAACUAAUGAAGAGGAGAGACAACGCCUCCUCCUCGAUGGUUUCUCCCAAAUGCAGCAAGCCGUCACAGUGCAGGAACAUAUAGUGCUGAACGCUCAGAGCCUGCUCCCCCCACAGGAGGAGAGUGGAGGAAUGUCUCUGGCAGCUGUGCGGAGGCUGCUGCGCCUGCGACUGGCCCUGGCAGAGUUCAGUCUGGCUGUACUGGAGGAGCACUGUGCUGAGGAGAGACGCCAGGCUCUGGCCCGGGAGAAGAAGACCUCUGCUGAGAUAGCACUGGAGGAGUUUACACGCUGCACUCCUGAGCCCAACUCUAUACAGCAGGAAUGGGUGAGUGUGGGCAGUACUCUGGGGCAGGUGGCUCUGGGCCAGCUGGCUGCGGUCAGCUCUCACUCCUUGGACAACGUGGAGAUUAGAGCUCGCUGUCUGAGUCUGAUGGGAAAGUACCUGAGACUGCUGGCUGUGCAGGAGGACCCCAUCUAUCUGUGCGCUCUCUGGGACAAACACAAGCAUGAGAAUUCAGAGAAAGAGAAAGACAGAGAAUCAAGCAGAAAAGCACUGAGGAUGACCUCUGCUAAAAGUGCUGAGCUGCAGCGGCGCAGGCAUAGAGCCCAGCAGCUGUUGGCUCAGUCCAGUAAAGCCCUCUCUGAAGCCGUCAGCCUGUGUCUCCAACAUCACCUGCCUUUGUCCGUCCUGGCUGAUGCUUCUCUCAACAUGUUGGAGUGUCAUGGCCGGUCUGAACCUGCAGUGGCCGGUCAAUAUCUUGCCCUGUUUCAGAGCUGCUGCACUGUUGCUGUAAUCGCUGAGGUCCUGGGUUCAGCCUGUGCUGACACCAGCGCGUCCCAGCUCUCGGCUUUGCUCAGCCUCCACAGGAACCUGCUCCUCUCUGAGGAGGAGAGGCUCAGCAGCAUGCUGAAGGGAGCGGAGGACUCCCUCAACAGCCUCUCCAAGGCCUUCAGCCAUUUAACCGUCAGUCCCAACCACCUAAACAUCCUCUCUGAGUUCCCACCCAACCUGAAAAUCCUGCUGCUUCAGCACUCUGAAGACGGGUCAGAGCUUUAUGGGGCCUUCUAUGAGACGACCAAAGCUCCAGAAAAUCAAAAAGGAAAAACUACGCAGGUUACAGGUACCCUUACGUGCUCCAGAGUGGCCAAGGUUUCAGUCUGCCCGCAGGCUCUGCUGGCACUGAGGGAGCAGACUCGGGCCUUUGGCCAGGGGACUAGACAUGCCCUCCUCAAGGAAGCCUGUUGGCACGGUGCUGAGGGCAGGCCGGAGUCCUCCGAGGAGCGUCAGGCUGUUCCUCGUAAAACUGCUGCAGAUGAAAAAAUGGCACCGCACUUCUGCAAAAUUGUACGAGAUAUGGAAAACUACCUGAGUCCACUCCUCACACAGUUUGACUUCUCAUGCGUAAGGCUCCAUGCUGCACCAGUUAUUGAGACAACCAAAACCAAAGACAGCGAUGAAAAAGGGAGUUCAGAUAAAUUACCAACAGAGCCGGGGGAGUAUGUGGUGUUGCUGGCAGACAGGAAGUUGUUGGAGUUGCCGCUGGAAUCCUUGUCCAUCCUGCAGGACGAAGGCCUGAGCUCUGUGUCUCGAGACUUUUCUCUCCAGCUUCUCCACAGUCGACUGAACAGAGAAGAACCAGACAAAGUUGAAAGUGACAACAAAAAGGAGACCAAAGGUGGCAAGGGAAAUAAGGCGAAGGGAGAUCAAAGCCAAGCCAUCAAAGUGGUACCUGCCAAUCGUGCGUCGCCUUCACACACCUUCCCAGUCGACACACGAAACUUCAAAUAUAUCGUUGACCCUUACAAUGAAGGCAACUUUGAGGGGACCAGUCUGAGCUCGAGGAUGAGGGAGACUUUGGAGUCUCACAGCAAGCCUGUCACCCAUCUGUGGGAGGGCUUCAUGGGCAGCAGACAAACACCCAGUCUGUCUGAGAUGGAGCAGCUGCUGUGCAGAUGCAGUGGCUUCAUCUACCUGGGGAUGGAGAGUUUCAUGGCAAAUAUUCCACCUGCCAAACUCGCAGCUCUCAGUCUGUCAGAGUGCCGCAUGGCUCUGCUCUUUGAUCGGGUGCAGAACAAUGCCAGCAUUCUGCGCCAAUCAAUCCUUGACAUGCACAAGAGUGCAGGACAGUUUUCCCUGGAGAAACCUCUGGAGACCGCUCUGCUGUUGAGUUUGGGUGGUGUCAGCUGUGUUGUCCUCAACCAGUGGCACAGCAGCCUCCAACAGAACACACACAACAUGGCCACUGUUCUAGACAAUCUACUGAGGCUCAGACAGACGUCUGGUCAGACCAUCCACGCCUUGAGGAAAGGGAACAGUUCAGAGAUACCACAUCACAAAGUUACAGAUCUAGUCCUCACUGAUUCAGAGGAAGACGACGUUCACCACAAAAUGACUCUCACACCAUCUGCCUUCAACUGUAUACUUUAUGGACUCCCUAACUUAAUCUCCAUGUAAUAUACUGUGUAAAUUCAACAUUCCACAUUUAGAUUUCACAGUUGAAGAUGAACACAGUCAGACAUGUCAGCAGGCUUUGCAAAUAUCCCUGUGUGCAAAGAACUAAAGCUGCUGUAGAGUGAGGGAGUUAAACAUUUCAUUAAAGAUGAUUCAUUA